AUGGUCAUGGAGGAGGCUGCCGGCCAAUCGGAGAGCGGGGGCGGUGGCGGGGGCGGCGGUGGCGAAGCCAAUCCCAUGGCAGAUCCACCACCGCCAGCAGGAUCACAAGCCGCUGCCGCCGCCGUCACCGUCACGCAUUGGUCUGCGGUGGACAUCUGUGCCCGCAGCUGGGGCUGACAUGCCCAAGUGGAGGGGAAAAGAGGAGAGGAGAGAGCAGAGCAGAGCAGACCACCAGGGCCACCCACCCAAACACCACAGAGCCAGCAGCCCAUUCCACCCAGCAGCACCCACCAGAAACCACAAUUACCAUGCAGCCCAACAGCGCGUCGCUGCCCAA